AUGGCGCCGACGUGUUGCGUCGUGAAGUGCCAGCAUCGUCCACACGAACAAUCGGGGAAUAAAAAGGAUGGGGUGAGAUGUUUCUCCUUUCCAACGUGGAAGCAAAGCCAAGGAGCUGUGAUCUGUGAGCUAACAAAGAGACGCCGAAUGGCCUGGAUAGCAGCCGUGAGACGACCAAACAUCACUUUCAACACCAUCACCCAAGACUUGGUGGUGUGUUCACGGCAUUUUCACACUGGGAGACCAGCUAAUGAAAUGGAUGAAAGCCAUCCAGACUGGGCACCCUCAUUACAUCUCGGACACACGGAGGUGGAAGCUGGAGAUAACCAGAGACUACACAUAACAUUGGACCAGGAGGACGAGCGACUACGACAACAACCGGAAGCUGAUUGCGAGACUCAAGUUGUGCUCCACAUCGAAGACGUCCAGCAGCUGAUUGGUUGUCAAGAAGAAUGUCCCGCUCAGCCACAGUUAGGGAGCUCCACUUGGCAGCAGAAGGAGCAACAACUUGUUAAACAGGAAGAGGAGGAGCCAGAGCCCACCCACCUUAAAGAGGAAGAGGAGGAUCCCCAGCCCGGCUAUGUGAAAGAGGAAGAAGUCGAACUCUCCAUCACUCAGGAGGGAGGACAUCUUCUAGGGCCAGAGGAGGCUGAUCUCACCAGGUUGCCACUGACCGGUGUCUCCGUGAAGACCGAAGACCAUGAAGACAAACCACCUGAGUCCUCACAGCUUCAUCAUAGUCCAAGUGAGGAGAUGAGAGAGGCGGAGCCUUCAUGCAGCAGCUCACCGCAACACAUGACAACAGAAGCUGAUGGAGACCACUGUGGAGGAUCACAAGCAGACAACCUCUUAGCUCCACUGUCAGAUAGUGACGACGCAACGUCACGCUCUCCUCAAGAUGAAGAGACCGACUUCAUCCAAGAACCUUUGAGCAGCGAUACAGACUGUGAAGGGAGACCAGCUAAUGAAAUGGAUGAAAGCCAUCCAGACUGGGCACCCUCAUUACAUCUCGGACACACGGAGGUGGAAGCUGGAGAUAACCAGAGACUACACAUAACAUUGGACCAGGAGGACAAGCGACUACGACAACAACUGGAAGCUGUUGGAAAGACUCAAGUUGUGCUCCACAUUGAAGACAUCCAGCAGCUGAUUGGUGGCCAUGAAGCUUGUCUCCCUCAGCAGCAGGAGGAGCCACAGCCUGUGAAAGAGGAAGAGGAGGAGCCAGAGCCCGCCCACAUUAAAGAGGAAGAGGAUCCCCAGCCCCUCUGUGUUAAAGAUGAAGAAGUCGAACUCUCCAUCACUCAGGAAGGAGAGCAUCUUCUAGGGCCAGAGGAGGCUGAUCUCACCAGGUUGCCACUGACCGGUGUCUCUGUGAAGACCGAAGACCAUGAAGACAAACCACCUGAGUCCUCGCAGCUUCAUCAUAGUCCAAGUGAGGAGAUGAGAGAGGCGGAGCCUUCAUGCAGCAGCUCACCGCAACACAUGACAACAGAAGCUGAUGGAGACCACUGUGGAGGAUCACGAGCAGACAACCUCUUAGCUCCACUGUCAGAUAGCGACGACGCAACGUCACGCUCUCCUGAAGAUGAAGACGGCGACUCUGAAGGUGAUAUGACGACUCAGAAUGGCAACAAACGUUCUGAAUGCUCGAAAAAGAAGACGGGUAAAAAGCGGUUUAACUGUUCCGUUUGUGAUAAAGGUUUUUCUUGUAAGAGUUACUUGAUCCGACACAUGAGAACACACACAGGAGAAAAACUGUUUCGUUGCUCAGACUGUGGUAAAAGCUUCACUCGAAACUCAGAUUUGAAAACACACAUGAGAAUUCAUACAGGAGAAAAACCUUUCACUUGCUCCGAUUGCGGUAAAGGUUUCACUCAAAAAGCAAGUAUGCUAGUACACAUGAGGACACACACAGGAGAAAAACCUUUUACUUGCUCACAGUGCAGUAAAAGCUUCACUCAAAAGAUACAAAUGAUAUCACAUAUGAAGACGCACACAGGAGAAAAACCUUUUACUUGCUCCAAGUGCAGUAAAAGUUUCACCCAAAAGAUACAAAUGUUGUCACAUAUGAAAAUACACACAGGAGAGAAACCUUUUGUUUGCUCAGAGUGCGGUAAAAGCUUCACUCACAAAGCAAAUAUGGUAUCACACAUGAGAACACACACAGGAGAAAAACCUUUUAGUUGCUCAGACUGCGGUAAAAGCUUCACCGAAAAGGCCCAUAUGGUCAUACACAUUAGAACACACACGGGAGAAAAACCUUUUAGUUGCUUAUAUUGCGGCAAACGCUUCACUCAUAAAAUAAAUAUGGUUAUACACGUGAGGACGCACACGGGAGAAAAACCUUUCACUUGCUCAAACUGUUUUAAAAGCUUUACACAAAAGGCAUCUUUGGUAGCACAUAUGAGAACACACACAGGAGAAAAACCUUUCGCUUGCCCAGAUUGUGGCGCCACAUUUCAUUGGAAGUCGUCGUUGAAUAGUCACAUGCAGACUCACUGAUCAGAGGUGUCGAACUCGUGCAGUUUAGGGACGAGACUGCAGGAUUUCGGCCACUAAAGCAGGUGAGCUUCAUCACCGACGAGGAAGGAGGUCAUCAAUUCGAUCUGCAGAGGUCUGCCAUGUCUCCGUCCUCCAUGACGUGAUUUUGACUCCCGGUCUACAGUCUCAGGCCUCUGCUGACUUCGAGGGAGAGUCGGAGUACACCCUAGACUGGUCACCAGCCAAUCACAGGGCUGGAAAGUAGUGAUGUGUUUUACUGACGUGAGUUAGUAUGAGUGAGGACAAAGUGGCAUAGAAGAUGGAUGGAGUUAGUAGUGAGUCACUGAACACAUGAUUUGAUACAAUCGUAUGUAAUAAAAGGGAAUAAUGAUAUUGUUGAUAUUGUUUCAUUGUCUUUUAUUGUAUUACAUAUUUAUGAAUUGUUCAAAUAUUUUGUUUGCCUAAAAUGUGUGUCUGGUGUUUUUCCUCAUAAUCAUGAUCAACACAUUAAAAGACAACAUCAUUCCGUUUUAUUGGGAAUUUCAAAGAACACACACAGGA